AUGUUGCCCUUUUGCGUUGCUAAUGGAUGUGGGACUUUUGGCAAUGGGUUUUGGUUGUUGAGAUUUGGUACGGAGGAGGGAGGUAGGGAUGUUGGCAAUGGGUUUUGGUUGUUGAGAUUUGGUACGGAGGAGGGAGGUAGGGAUGUUGGCAGUGGGCUUUGGUGGCUAGGUUUUGUAGUUGGUAAGUGGCAAGACAACUCAUCUUUCAUUGAUGGAAGGCAAAGUUUUAGCCAUUUUGGAUAUGGUGGUGGUGGUGGGAGAUUACGGGUAUUAGGCCGAGCCGCUAAGGUUGGUUAUUCUAAGGUGGAUGAAAAUAUGUAA